AUGGGGCUGGGGCUGGGGCUCCUGCUGCUGCUCUGGACUCAGGGGGCCCUGGGGUCCCAGCUGGACCCCAAAGGGCAGCAUGUCUGCGUGGCCAGCAGCCCCUCUGCCGAGCUCCAGUGCUGUCCAGGCUGGAGGCAAAAAGAUCGAGAAUGCACCAUCCCCAUCUGCGAAGGGCCGGAUACCUGCCAGGCAGAAGAGGUGUGCGUGAAACCGGGCCUCUGUCGCUGCAAGGCUGGGUUCUUCGGGGCCCAAUGCAGCUCCCGCUGCCCGGCCCAGUACUGGGGCCCAGACUGCCGCAAGAGCUGCGCCUGCCACCCGCACGGCCAGUGUGAGCCGGCCACGGGCGAGUGUCACUGUCAAGCCAACCGCUGGGGCGACCGCUGCGAAUUCACGUGCGCCUGCAGCCCCCACGGGCGCUGCGACCCGACCGGCGUGUGCCGCUGUGAACCAGGCUGGUGGGAGCCCACGUGCCACCGCCAGUGUUCCUGCAACCUGGCAGCCUCGCGCUGCGACCCUGCCACGGGCGCCUGCCUGUGCCAACCCGGCUGGUGGGGCCGCCGCUGCAGCUUCCGCUGCGCCUGCCACGGCUCCCCCUGCGCUCCCGAGUCGGGCCGCUGCGCCUGCCUGCCGGGCCGCUGGGGCCUCAGCUGCCGCCAGGUGUGCCAGUGCGCGCGCGGCCGCUGCAGCGCCGCCUCGGGCCAGUGCGCAUGCCCACCCGGCUACCGCGGCGAGCGCUGCGAGCUGCCGUGCCCCGCCGGCCGCUACGGGGCGCAGUGCCUGCACAGCUGUGGCCACUGCCAGCAGAAUGAGCCAUGUGCCCCGGACACAGGCAGCUGUGAGUCCUGCGAGCCAGGGUGGAAUGGGACCCAGUGCCACCAGCGCUGCCCACCAGGCACCUUUGGCGAGAACUGCAGGCAGCAGUGCCCCCGCUGCCGCCUAGGGGAGUCUUGUCAGCCAGACACUGGGCACUGUGAGCACUGUAACCCCGGCUGGCAGGGACCCAGGUGUGAAGAGCCCUGCCCAGCUGACACCUUUGGAGAGAGCUGCAGCUUCACCUGCCCUACCUGUCUUCAGGGGACUUGUGAUGCUGUGACUGGGGACUGUGUCUGCAACGCCGGUUACUGGGGGCCCAGCUGCAACACUUCCUGUCCAUUUGGCUUCUAUGGAGACAACUGCUCGGUCCCCUGCCAGUGCCCAGAGGGGCCCUGCCACCCUGUCUCUGGGGCCUGCCAGCACGGCCUUCGUGGUCAGGAUGCUGCCCUCAUCGCGGGCAUCCUGGUGCCCCUGCUGCUGCUGCUCCUGGGUCUCGCCUGCUGCCUCUGCUGCUUCUGGGCCGCCCGCCUGGACCCCAAGGACAGGCUUCCGAGAGAUGGCACUGCUGUGUCUAGGGUGAAACUGCAGAUGUGGGGGGCACUGACCAGCCUGGGCUCCGUGCUGCCCUGUGGCUCCCUCCGCAGUCACAAGCUCCCCUGGGUGACAGUCUCUCACCACGACCCGGAGGUCCCCUUCAACCACAGCUUCAUCGAGCCCCCCUCCGCUGGCUGGCCCUCGGAUGACUCCUUCUCGUCCGAUCCUGAGUCCGCAGAGGAGGACGAGGAUCCUGCCUACUGUGUGCCACCCCAAGAAGGGAUGACCUCUGUGGUCCAAGCAGAGUCUCCAGACACCAGCCUGGCCGCAGGCUCCUUCCCUCCCCCGGAAGAUGCCUCCACACCUUUCGCCAUCCCACGCACCUCCAGCCUAGCUCGGGCCAAGCGGCCAUCGGUCUCCUUUGCCGAAGGCACCAAGUUUACACCCCAGAGUCACCGGAGCUCAGGAGAGCUUGCCAGCCCACUCCGAAAGCCCAAGAGGCUCUCUCGAGGGGCCCAACCCAGUUCUGAGGGCCAGCAAGCUGACGUGUCCCUAGGCCCAGAGCCCGCAGAAAGUGAGGAGACCCCUCCUGGUGCCACCAGCUCUGGGGACUCAGCGGCUGGCUGCCAGCAGCUCCCGCUGGGAGGCCGGACAGUGGCGGAGCGCAUCGAAGCCAUUGAGAGCAGUGUGCAGGAGCACUCGGGGCCCAUGACCACCAUCUACAUGCUGGCGGGGACGCCCCGGGGACCGGAGGGGCCCGUCCGGUCCGUCCUGCGCCGUUUGGGGAGUUUCAAGAAAGGUCAGGCAGAACCCAAGGCCAAGAGUGCCAUCCCCAAGCCUCCACGCAGGGCCCUGAGUCGGAACAAGGGCAGCCCUGGGCUGGCCCCCGACUCUGCUAGCCAGAGCCCCGACUCAGCCCCGUGCGCAGCACCUGCGAGGGCAGAGCCAGAGGCAGCAGCCCGAGGGCUGGGGGACGACACCAAGAGCCCAGGCAGCACUGAGGGGCCGGCCCCCGGGGGUGGUCUUCCCGAACAGGAUCCCCCAAAGCUGGUCGAAGAUCAGGGGCAGGAGGAACCUCAGUAUGAGAAUGUUGCACACAUCUCUGGACCACCAGUGCCCUGAGGACCUCGACGCUGGGAAGUAGGGGGCCACAGGACUGGACCUGGGUCUUGUGCUUCGUGCUGGGAAAUGAUCACCUGGUGGAGACCAUCAGGCUCCACCUCUGCCCUCCCAUAGGGACAAGUCAAAGGCCAGGGUUGCCUCUGGAGUGGGCAAGCAAGCGGGGCAGAGACCCCAAAGGAUGAGGUCUCCGAGUCAGAACAGCAGUUUCGGGAACUAUCUUUUCUGCCCCACAGGCAUAGUCUUGACUUUAUGUGCAAAACUUUUUUUGGUGUUCGUUUUUGUUUUGUUUUCCUGAAAUGAGGAUCAACCUAAAUGUCUGAUGGUGAGAUUGCUUAAAUAAAUAUUUCUUGGGCUAGGUUAUUACA